UGUCCUGUUUGUAUAGAGCCUUUCUAUGUGUUUCACUGCAGUGUCUAUAGCUUACAGCAGUCAUAGAAUGUAUAUACAGACAUUUCUUAGCACAAUUUAAGUUCAACAUAAGUAACUAAAGAGAACUUCAAUCUUUCUUGCGAGCACAACUUCAUCACUUAGAUAAAGCAGUUUGCAUUGUGAACUAAGAAAAUCGUAUUACAUCACCACUUGGAUCUUGAGUCAACACCUAUGUAUUAUUUAACUGUUCCAUAUGCCUCAAUGUGUGAAACAACCAACUGGAGAUCUCAUCAACCAUACACUGUGUGUCAAGAGUUGGCUGACUUUACAGUGUGACCCUGGAGUACUACCUCUUUCCUUCAGAGUACAGCUUUUUGGUGCAAAUAGGAUGUGGAAUUGGUAUAGCCAAUGGUCGUGUUUGUUUGAGGACCAGACUGUGGUAAACCCCCCCCUUGAAGAAAACAAAGAUUCAUUUGGAAGAGAAGUACCACAACAUGGCAUUAAUGACUUCUAUAACCUGUACAUGGUGGUGAAGGAGGUAACGCUUUGUGAGUGAUAUAGAGCAAAAGACCAAAGGGGCAGAAUGGCAAAGGAAUGUAUUGGUUUCCAAGCAUACCAAAGGUGAUCAUGUGAAAAAGCGACAGACACUACAGAUGUACCAUCACAUGCUGUGUUACACAGUUAUCAGAAGAUGCAGACGUUUUAAUCUACUAGGAGCUCCUACUGAAAGUACAACUCAAAGAUUUAAAGGGCCACAGGCAAAAUGGGUGAGAUAUGUCUUGAUAUACAAAAAGUUUAGGACUCAGUAACACACCAGUGACCCCUAAAAACAAGAAAAAAGAAAAAGAAAAAAAAGAUAUCCUCAUUUGCAACUGAAUCUCUGAAUCUGAAACGUGAUCCUCAAAACGCAACAUGUUUCUCUCCCUGGAAAAACGUAGAUCCCCGUAGUUAUAGAGAUUCUCCAAUGCAGUGUAGUACAGACAUUAUGGCCCAUGCAAAGUCUUGACCACUUAGCAAACUUCUUAGCGAACUCCUUUUACUGACACUGAGAGAAAGUGUCAUCCAAAAAAUUUAAUAUCCAUUUGGAUGUGUACAAAAUAUCUCUGUGUUGUAAAGGGUAGCAACUAAACAUUAAUGUGGCUAUUUGUUUCAUUUCCCAUUUCGUGAUACAUAAAAAUAUUUUGGUCAUGGACUAGGACACUAGCAUGUCACAAGUGGAGUCAAUCAGGCCAUACAGAUAUUUAGAAGCAACAAUGCUUUAGAUAUGAUGCAUGACAAUAAUGCAAUUGUAGAUAAAUGAAACGACAUUUUUUGACUCAUUGUAUGCAUAUUGGAAUCUGCAAUCCGUCUGCAUAAGUUUUGUUUAGAUACUUGAGAACUCAUAGCGGUAUGCACCUCAAGAGUACAGAACCUAUGACAGAACAGACUUACAGGGAAUGUGAAGGACAAGAGAAAAGCAACAUAAAAUAUCUCCAGUGUGUUUACCUCAGUGCAGAAUGUAGAAAAAUAUUGAUAAACUUCAAGUGGCAACAAAAAUGAUACAAAAGCUCUCUAUAUGACCCACUAACAAAAUAGCAGAAACAGUAUUCAGAAUAUAAUAUGUUCAUCUUAUACAUUGCCUACAUCAAUAAGCUUAUAGAAUCCUGGAAGACAGAAUUAGAUAUGUAACUGUAUGUUCAGACUUAAAUUACAAAUAAUUCGUCUCACAUUCCAUUUAUGAUUGUAUGUAACAUAUGAAGACAUUGAGCAUAUGCCAUGAUUCACUAAUGACAAUCAUUUUUGUACAACACUCAAACACCCCCCCCCCUCCC